AUUUUAGUUUUGAUCUUUCCUAAAUUAUUUCAAAUUUUGUUUCCAAAUGAGAGAUUAGCAUAGCUUAUAAUUUUUUUUUUUUUGGAUAGUAAUAUUUAUACAAUAAAAGUUUAUGUGUGAUAGAAUUCAAAUGAUUUGUUUACAUCAAUCAAAUUCUAUGAAAUUUCCUCAACAUAUAGUAACUUAUUAGCUGUAUUUUUUAAGCAAGUUAGUGUGAGUGGACUUGUUAUUUUUUCAUGAAAUGUUUAACGCUUUGAAAAAACUAGUCAGCAGUCAUGAUGCUUCCUCUAAAGGGCUUCCACCUCCUGGUGUACAGGCAAUGGGCUUGUCCCUUCAAAGAAAGUUUGCCAAAGGAGUACAAUAUAACAUGAAAAUUAUUAUAAAAGGUGAUCGAAACGUUGGAAAAUCAUGUCUGUUUGCAAGGUUACAAGGCAAAAAGUUUAUUGAAGAAUAUUUACCUACUGACGAAAUCCAGGUUGCUAGCAUUCAGUGGAAUUACAAAGCAACUGAUGAUGUUGUUAAAGUUGAAGUAUGGGAUGUUGUUGAUAAGGGUAAAAAAAGAAAAAAGAUAGAUGGUUUAAAACUUGAUAAUAAAGCAUCAGAGCAGGUUCCUGAGGAAGCUGCUCUUGAUGCUGAAUUCAUUGAUGUUUACAAGGGCACAAAUGGUGUUAUAUUAGUCUUUGACAUAACAAAACAAUGGACUUUUGCUUACGUUCAGAAAGAAUUGCCUCUCAUUCCACAUCACAUUCCAGUUUUAGUUUUAGCAAACCAUAGGGAUAUGGGACAUCAUCGUACUGUAACUGAGGAUCAGGUCCGGUUUUUCAUAGACAGCUUAGAACGACCUGGUGAUAGUGCUCAAAUCAGAUAUGCAGAAGGUUCAAUGAGGAAUGGUUUUGGAUUGAAAUAUCUGCAUAAGUUUUUCAAUCUUCCUUUUCUUCAACUGCAGAGAGAAACACUGUUGAAGCAACUUGAAAUCAACAACAGUGAAAUUCAAGCUACAGUUGAAGAGUUGGAUUGUUUAUCUGAAUCUGAAGAGCAGAAUUAUGAUGUAUUUCUUGAUCAUUUAACUAAUCGCCGUCGACAAGUUGCUGAACAGCUGUCGCAAGUACCAACCUCCCCAUCCAUAGAAUCUGUGAAUGCCUUCUCUGUUAAUCAAGCAAAUGGCACAGCUGAACAAUCACCAAUUACACCAAGCUAUUCUUCUCCACCACAAAUGGCACCCAAAAGUAUUUCUAUGCCUGCCAAUUUAUCUCAGUCUGUUGGUGAUAACUCUUGUGCUCCUGUAGUCAUUGCUCCACCGGCAGCUCCCAUAACUUCUCCAGAACCACCGAAGCAAGAAUCUGGAUUUAUUUCGAGACUUUUCAAUAAAUCUUCAAGCCCAAGUUCAAAAAGUACUUCCCAAGAAAACAAUGCAAAAAAUGAAAAUAUUGUUAAACCUGCAACAGUCAACAGUGAAAAUGUAGCCUCUGUUGAUGAUUUCGUUCCUGAGGAUGCCGACCAAACAUUUAACUCAUUCUUAGAAGAUUCUCCGAAGAAUACUGCAACAGAAAAUGUUUCGGAUAUUCCGGAUGUAGAAUCUGAGAGUGAGGAUGAUAUUGGCAAUCCUAUGGUUGCUGGUUUUCAAGAUGAAUUGGAUCCUGAAGAUGUUGCAAUUAAUGUUAAAAGUCCUGUUAUUCAUGAGGUUAAAGAGGUUCCAUCAGAUCAUAGUAGUGAAGAUGAACAGCCCACAUCACUGAAAUCAGCAGAAAAAGAAGCCGAAGAACCUAUUUCCAUGGAACAAACAAUUUCUCUAGAGAAGGAAGAAGAUUCUUCUGAAAUUCAGUCAACUGCUUCCCCGGUCACUAUGCUAAGUUUAGAGGCUGAGGACUUAAAUAUUUUGGAAAAUAUGUACGAUUUUAAAAGAAAGACAUCCAGUGAAACACCCAGUGUUCCCAGCCGUUCUUCACCCAGUGCAACACCAGAAGGUUCUGAGGCUGUGAGUGAAGAUUCUAGUUCAACUAAGACGAAGAAACACAAACAUAAAAGCAAAAAUAAGGAUGAAUCAAAAAGCCACAGAAAAUCACACAAGCACAAAAAACACAAGGAAAAAGAUGAUGUUACAAAUAAAAAAGAAACUGCUCAGAAGAAAAAACACCGUGAAGUGGGUGAUUUGGAUAGCUCUUCUGAUGUGGAUAAGUUAGAAGAGUUUUUGGGAACCAGUGAAAGUGGAAUCCCAAGUCAACAGUAUGAAGUUUUUUAAAACUGUCUUUCACAGAAUCAAUACUUACAUUAUUGGAAUAGCAGAACUGCUUGCAAAUUACUUCUUCAUUUCUACGAGGAAAACUAUUGGGGUUUUGAAUUAUAUAACUAUUCUCAGUUGUUUGCUGAGGAAAAACAAGUGCUAUUGCAAUAAAAUAUAGGUUGGAACCAUCCAUUUAAAAGCUUUGAACUGUCCAAAAAAUUAACAGUGUUUACAAACUGAAAAAGGAUUUUACUUUUUUAACUAUUUCCUGCCUAUGUAAAUUGAAACUGACGUUUAAGUAAGAUUUAAAAUCUGUUAAUUCUAUACAAGUCAAGAAAAUAUUUGUAAAUUUUGAUUAUGCAUGGAGAAAUAAAUUAUUAAAGAUAAUGAAUUUUUA